AUGAUUAAAUAAUUAAUUAUACUUUCACUUGCAAUAACAAUUAUAUUUGCUGGUUCAGGCACAGAAGUUUAGUGUACUACUAAUGAUUAAUCUUUAUGUGGUGGAGCUGGUGGUAGCUCUUGGACUGCAGGAUCUACAACUGGCAAAUCAAAAAUCUCUGAUUGUAGUACUGUCGGUAAUACUUUGACAAAUGUAUAUGAUACUCUAUGCUCAUCUUGUUUACCUGGAGGUAAUGCCUACGCUAAUCUUUAAAAAACUGGUUGUCAAAGUGCUGUAGCUACUGCAGGAUCACUUGUUCCAUGUUAGAAAAGUACUUCUUGUAGUUCCUGUGGUACAAUUUCACCAGCUUUUGCUUGGUCUAUGCCAGCUAGUGAUACAACUAAUUGUAUCAUCACAUCAUGCUUAGCUGCACCUAUGCCAACUGCUAAUUUAAUUGAUAACUUUUGCAAAUCAUGUGGUGGUUCUAAUCCAUGGGCAAAUUCUUAUGGAACAGCAUGUGUAAAUUCUUCAGAUUCAUGUUCUAACACUAGACCUAGCGCUUUUUCUGAUACAGACUGCUCUACUUGUAAUGCUGGUGGAGCUAAUUCAGCAAAAAUAUAUGCUAAUACUGAUAAAAAAACUUGUGUAGCAAGCAGCUCCUCAUGCACCUCUAGAGGUAAUACUGUUUGGAAUGAUAGUGACUGUAGCUUAUGUAAUACAGGUAGUACAACUAAAGGAUCUAACGUAUAUGCUAAUACUGAUGGAUCAUCUUGUGUAGCAAGUGGCGCCACAUGUGGAAAUAGUAGAGCUGCUAAAACUUGGAAUGAUAGUGACUGUAGCAAAUGUAAUACAGGCAGUGCUACUAAAGGAACUUAACUAUACGCUAAUACUGAUGGUUCAUCUUGUGCUGCAAGUUCAGCUACAUGCUAGAGCUCAAGAACCUCUGGUUGGACAGAUUCAGAUUGUGUUAUUUGUAAUACAGGCACAGCCACUUCAACUUUGUUAUUUGCUAAAGCAGAUUAAUCUUCCUGUUAAGCUACUGUAGCUUAGAAAGGUACUAAUGUCCCAUGCCAAAAUUCUGGCUCUUGCACUAAUUGUGGUACUUUCACUAAUUUCUAAUUUGAUAUACCAUCAUCUGAUACCUAAAAUUGUUAUGUUAAAUCUUGCUUAGGUGCUCCUAUGCCUACAAGUGGUUUGAAUGACUACUUCUGUGGUUCAUGUAAUCAAACUAACAAAUUUGCAAAUGCUUACGCAAACGCUUGCGUUAAUUCAACUGCAAGUUGCACUAGAAGUUCUGGUUGGACUGACUCAGAUUGUCAAGUAUGUAAUGCUAGUGGUGUUAAUUCUGCAAAGCAAUAUGCUUCUGCAGAUUAAAAAUCCUGCGUUUCUACUAAACCAUCAUCAUCAUCCUAAUCAUCAUCAUCAUCAUCAUCAUCAUCUAUCGUUUUAGCUUUUUCAAGCUUAAUAAUAGCUUGUUUGCUUAUUUGA